GCGCUUUCUCUCACACAUCCUCCAACAUGUCUCACAAGGUUGUCGACAUCAAGUCUAAGGCAGAAUUCAACGAGAAGGUCCUUGGCGAGUCCACCGGCCACGUCGUCGUUGACUGCUUCGCUACCUGGUGCGGUCCUUGCAAGGCCAUCUCCCCCAAGGUCGAGCAGUUCAGCAACGAGUACCCCAACGCCAAGUUCUACAAGAUCGACGUCGACGAACUGUCCGAGGUCGCUGCCGAGCUCGGUAUCCGUGCCAUGCCCACUUUCCUUCUCUUCAAGAACGGCCAGAAGUUCGACGACCUCACCGGUGCCAACCCCAAGGGUCUGGAGGAGAAGAUCAAGGCUCUGCUUGCAUAAAUUCCCCGUUGAUAGACGAUAAUGAGGGGAUACCUUGAUGGUUAUGCUAGUUACAGAUGAAAUCUAAUUGAUGGGCUUCUUACCCCGCACACACACACUCAAGACGAUCCAUAUGAGUCGAUGGUGUUAUUUGUUUUAGAUGUAGUCAUGACCGUUUAUUCCUGGACCAUAGUAGCAGUUGUAUUAAGACCUUCAUCACUAUGCAGGUACUUGGGUUAUUUGUUUUCGUUGAUGGGCAUCUCACGCUAAUGUAAGAUGACAUCAGGCUUGCCUGACAUAUUACACUCUGGAU